CCCACACCCGCGGCGGCCCCCGGAAGUGGUGUGUACCAGGAUGCCGUGGAGCGGAAGCUGUCCCUGGCGGGAGUUAGUGGGGCUACCCGGCCUGAGACUCUGCCUUUUGUUGCUAGACGACGCGAACUAGCCUUCGUCACUUCCUCAGCCCGCCGCCUCCCCACUCUCCAGGCCGGAACCCAGGGGCCCGGAGCCGGGGUGGGCUCGUCUUCCGGGGUCCAGGACCGCAGCUAGCUCGGCAGCUGGAAUCGAGGCCACGCCACCUGCGGGGAAGAACCUAAGCUGGGGUGGGAAGAUGGCUGCAGACAAGCCUGCAGAUCAGGGAGCAGAGAAACAUGAAGGGACAAGUCAGUCCUCUGGGAUUACUGAUCAAGAGAAGGAGUUGUCCACCAGCGCUUUCCAAGCUUUCACAGCUGGAAAUUAUGAUGCCUGUCUGCAACACCUUGCUUGCCUACAAGAAGUAAACAAAGAUGAUUAUAAAAUAAUUUUGAAUACAGCAGUGGCUGAGUUUUUUAAAAAUAACCAAAUGACAACAGAUAGUUUGAGACAAACACUUAACCAGCUGAAGAAUCAGGUCCACUCGGCUGUUGAAGAAAUGGAUGGAUUAGAUGAUGUUGAGAACAGCAUGUUGUAUUACAAUCAGGCAGUCAUUCUUUAUCAUCUGCGGCAGUACACAGAAGCGAUAGCAGUUGGUGAAAAACUUUACCAGUUCAUAGAACCUUUUGAAGAAAAAUUUGCCCAAGCAGUGUGUUUUUUGCUUGUAGACCUAUAUAUAUUAACCUAUCAAGCUGAGAAAGCUUUGCAUCUUCUUGCUGUCCUAGAAAAAAUGAUUUCACAAGGCAACAAUAACAAAAAUGGGAAGAAUGAGACUGGUAAUAACACCAACAAAGACGGAUCAAAUCAUAAAGCUGAAAGUGGAGCCCUAAUAGAAGCUGCAAAAUCAAAGAUUCAUCAGUAUAAAGUAAGAGCUUAUAUCCAAAUGAAGUCCCUGAAAGCAUGCAAAAGGGAAAUCAAGUCAGUCAUGAACACAGCUGGAAAUUCUGCACCCUCUCUAUUUCUUAAAAGCAAUUUUGAGUACUUAAGAGGCAAUUAUCGAAAAGCUGUGAAGCUAUUAAAUAGUUCAAACAUUGCUGAACAUCCAGGAUUCAUGAAAACAGGUGAAUGCUUGAGAUGCAUGUUCUGGAAUAAUCUUGGUUGCAUCCAUUUUGCCAUGAGCAAGCACAAUUUGGGAAUUUUCUACUUUAAAAAGGCUCUGCAGGAGAAUGACGGUGUUUGUGCACAGCUCAGUGCAGGCAGCACUGAUCCAGGCAAGAAAUUUUCGGGAAGACCCAUGUGUACAUUACUAACCAACAAGAGGUAUGAGUUGCUGUAUAACUGUGGCAUUCAGCUUCUUCACAUUGGAAGACCUCUUGCUGCCUUUGAGUGUCUGAUUGAAGCUGUUCAGGUUUAUCAUGCAAAUCCCCGCCUCUGGCUAAGGUUGGCUGAAUGCUGCAUUGCUGCAAAUAAGGGGACUGCUGAACAAGAAACUAAAGGCCUUCCGAGUAAGAAAGGAAUUGUACAGUCUAUUGUUGGUCAAGGCUAUCAUCGUAAAAUAGUUCUGGCAUCACAGUCCAUACAGAAUACUGUAUAUAAUGAUGGACAGUCUUCAGCCAUUCCUGUAGCCAGUAUGGAGUUUGCAGCCAUUUGUCUCAGAAAUGCCUUGUUGCUGUUACCCGAAGAACAGCAAGAUCCGAAGCAGGAAAAUGGGUCUAAAAAUAGUAAUCAAUUAGGUGGGAACACGGAGAGCAGUGAAAGCAGUGAAACUUGCAGCAGUAAAAGCCAUGAUGGAGAUAAAUUCAUUCCAGCUCCACCUUCUUCUCCAUUGAGAAAACAGGAAUUAGAAAACUUAAAAUGCUCCAUACUUGCCUGUAGUGCUUACGUGGCCCUGGCUUUGGGUGAUAACCUUAUGGCUUUGAAUCACGCAGAUAAACUUCUUCAGCAGCCCAAGCUGUCAGGAUCGCUUAAGUUUUUGGGCCAUUUAUAUGCUGCAGAAGCCCUCAUCUCUCUGGACAGAAUAUCUGAUGCCAUUACUCACUUGAACCCAGAGAAUGUCACUGAUGUUUCCUUAGGGAUCUCUUCAAAUGAGCAGGACCAAGGCUCAGACAAAGGUGAAAAUGAAGCAAUGGAAUCCUCUGGGAAGCGGGCCCCUCAAUGCUACCCCAGUUCGGUCACCUCUGCCAGGACCGUGAUGCUAUUCAAUCUUGGCAGCGCCUACUGCCUGAGGAGCGAAUACGACAAAGCCCGAAAGUGUCUCCACCAGGCGGCUUCGAUGAUCCAUCCUAAAGAGGUGCCCCCUGAAGCCAUCUUAUUGGCAGUCUACCUUGAACUGCAAAAUGGUAAUACCCAGCUGGCCUUACAGAUCAUCAAAAGGAAUCAACUGCUCCCCACAGUGAAAACACUGUCUGAGAUGAGAAAGAAGCCAGUGUUCCAGCCUGUCCACCCGAUCCAGCCCAUCCAAAUGCCGGCUUUCACUGCACAGAGAAAGUGACAUUUUUGCUCUCAGAAAACUGUUACUUGAGACCCAGGGGGGUAUUUACGGGCCUUUUUAGUUGUAUCACAGCAAAAUGAAUAAAAACAGAUGGUGAAAGGUGCUAGUUUUGAAGACACAAUUUUGAAAUGAUUCUAACCCCUGGCUUUUGGGGGUUUUUUUGUUUUGUUUUGUUUUUGCCAGAAGCUUACUUAAAAUUAAGGAUUCACAAACUCGUUUUCAUCUUUUUCUUUAAUCUUACAUUUUGAGCCAUUAUGUGAUGUAUCCAUGUCAUAGGCAAU